GUGCACAGUUAAGCCCCGUUUCAGACACGUUUUCUUUCAUUUCCACUUAGACCACAGGAGGAACAUUAUCAUGAAGCAUAUGUCAGUGGAGUCAAUGGAGCUCACAACUGUGGCAACGGCAUGGAUUGAAAAUAGCAGCUUGUCUCUGCCAUCAGAGUCUCCACUCACUGCAGAAUGGAACUUUAUCCACACCAUCAUCCCCCCAUACAUCUUCACCUUAUCCCUCACAGGUCUUCUCUUUAACGGCUUUGUACUGGGGGUGUUUGUUGCCCACAAAGAUCGACUGACUGUAGCGGAGAUCUAUCUGAGCAACAUGGCACUGGCUGACUUUAUUCUUCUGUGUAGCCUUCCUUUCUGGGCAAUGUCCAUUCUCGACGAGUUUAAUUGGCCAUACGGAGAUGCCUUAUGCAAAAUCAUCAGCGCCAUGAUCAUCAUUAAUUUUUACACCAGCAUCUUCACUCUGGUUAUGAUAAGCGUUGAUCGCUACUUAGCAUUUGUGAAGCCCAUGAAGGCCAGGUGGCUGAGACGGACGCUCUACGCCAAGGUGAUCUGCGUCAUCCUGUGGAUAUUAGGGCUCUUACUGAGCACGCCAACAAUGGCUCACAGAAAGGUCAAGUUCUUUAAGGAGUAUGAGACUACAGCCUGUAUUCUGGAUUACACCCAUGACAGCUCUUGGAACCUGGCCCGUCAGAUUGUGAUGAAUGUGGUGGGCUUUGCUCUUCCUGUUCUGGUCAUUGUUUUUAGCAGUGGAAAUAUAAUCAAGGUUUUAUCUCAGAGGAGGGAAAGUGUUGGCUUUCAUCAUACCAGUGAUAAAAAGGCUAUGGUGCUGGUGUAUGCUGUUACACUGGUAUUUUUGCUAUGUUGGAGUCCUUUCCAGUUAUUCACCUUUCUUGAUAUACUUUGUGAUGUCAAAGUGCUGGAUGAGAAGUUGUGGUCUGGCACUCUGGAUAUAGGAAGACAGCUCUCAGUAUAUCUUGCCUUUCUCAACAGUGCCUUAAACCCCUUGUUGUAUGUCUUCACAGGGCAGUCCUUUAGAAAGAAGGUUAGCGCCAUCUACAGAAGGACUAGAUAUCUACGUAGAGGAUCAGACAUGACCACAUAUCAACGCUCUGCUGUGUCCACUUACAUCAACAAAAUAGAGCAAAUUAAAGCUGUGGUCAUUUUUAAUGGCAAAGAAUGA